AUGGCAACAGAAUCCUCGAAGGAUGAGAUAGCACUGAAUCUCAGUGAGCCUCCGAGCUCGAAAACGGCAUUACUACCUCUUUCAGAAGACACACUCCCCCCGCCAGAGCAAUGUGUCAUCUGCCUAGACAACAUCUCGGAUAAAGCCAUCGCCCUACCCUGCCACCACGACCAGUUUGAUUUCUCAUGCUUGGGGACAUGGCUACAACGGCAACAAGUCUGCCCACUGUGCAAAGGCCAAGUCACAGCUAUCAGAUUCAAUCUUGGCGACCCCGAUGAGCAGCGAAGUCAAGUAUUCUACCUUCCUCCAGAGAAUUCGCAAGCAAGCCGAAGUACUCAUGGGCUUGCCAGCGCUGCUGCUCGACAGCGACGAUCAAGGCAAGGUCGAGCAUAUCGAAGAGGGGGAAGCUAUAACAAUGCAAGAGGCGCGCACCCUGAAGCGCUGAAAGAUACCGCGCUCGAAUUUCGCAGACAGGUGUACCGGCAGAGACUCUACUCCCUGCACGUCGGCACAAAUCGCAUUUCGAGAUACCGGAGUCUGACGCCUUCGUCUUUAGCAGCAGACGAGCAGCUGAUAUCUCGAGCCCGGAUGUGGAUCAGACGCGAACUUCAAGUCUUCAGUUUCCUCAAUCCCAGCGCUCCCCAACAUUCACGUCCUGGAGCGACCGACCGCCGCGCCAGUAAUGCUGACUUCUUACUUGAGUACAUUAUUGGGAUCUUGAAGUCGAUUGAUUUGAAAGGCAGCGCCGGGCAAGCGGAGGAGUUAUUGAAAGACUUUCUGGGCCGCGACAAUGCUCGGCUGUUUUUGCAUGAAUUGGAGGCUUGGUUGAGGAGUCCAUACGAGCAUCUCAAAGACUGGGACCGGGCAGUGCAGUAUGCGAUGCCCUCUGAGUCAGAGCCUUGCCAUGAUGGGUCGAGAGCUGGGCGAAGCAACAACAUUUCCUGCCGCCAGACGAGCGGGACGAAACCACCCGAGACUGGGUCGGGCGUGCCUCGAUGGUUCUCGGAAAGAUUUGUACUCGGAGACGAUGGGCUACGGACGACGCGAACUUGA